GACAGCGCCAUCGUUAGUUGUGCGCCGGACGCCGUUGGGAAAGGGCUUGUGUGCUCACCAGUGAACCCAUGCACGGACGUUUUAAAACGGCUGAAGAACAAUAAAAGCAAGACAAACGUUCUAUAUAUAAGAGAAGUGAUCCAGUCAUUGAUAUACUCAGCCCAACAUCUGUAUAUGAAGUAUAAGCGUGGACGAUCACAGGCGGGACUCUAUCCCUGUACAGUACCAGACCGUAGUAUUACCAUCGCGUGAAACAGCUGGGUCACUGGUGAUGCUGUCAACCUGCGAGUGUAUGUGUACAUAGUGUUCGUGUAGGAAGAUGAUCCCAGGAUGUCUUUUGAUUGUUUAUAAUAGAAGAUCCGUGGGCGUCGUAAACAAGUGUCUCCGGGUGUGCGUGUGUGCGUUAAUGUAAACAAAAGCAGUUACGGAAAACAAGUGCCAAAUUUGUUAUAGACCAGUAUUGAAGGCGCUAUAAAGUGCGGCUGGAUACAUCAUUCUGUCAUUUAAUAGUGCAAGUUAGACGUUAUAUUCCUCCAAUAAUCAGUGUCUUGUACGCAUAUCCUCGUUAAGUGCUUUACGACUUUUGUUCUCAGUAGUGACGUCAUCAUAGUGUCGUCAGAAACAUAGUGACACAUUUAGAUAAAUAUAUAUCUUUUAGACUUAAGUGACGUAACUAUAACCAGUGGUAAACUAAGUCUAUGAUAACCGGAUUAGUUGUUAAGGGCGAUACUGUAACGUGAUAUAAUAACUCGUAUAACUAGACCUGGUAGUAGGCUCUCGUCUCUCAUUAGAUUGACCGCCUUAUAGUGUGUGUGCUGGACGUCUUCCCCUCCUCGUCAGCCCCUCAAUGUCUGACAAGAUAGUUCGGUGUCAGCAAGAUAAAAGAAACAGAUAGUUCAGUUUGAAGCACCCCCCCCCCUCUAUCUAGUGUGAGGCAGUACAGUACACACUCCCCCCACGGUUGUUGCUGGUAGAGAGAGAGGGGUUGGUUGGUAUUGGAGGGAGUGUUGUUUUGGUUGUGGUUGUCACCGUCUCAAGGAAAAAGAGGGGAUACCACCACCACCACCACCAUUACAACCAUCCUUGAAGGAGUAACUCGAGUUGUGAAGGACGCUGUAACACUUCCUCCUCAACCUUCAACAUGAUCCUCGACAACAGACAAGUCCCGGACAUCAUCGUCAGCAGGGAGGGCCUCACCCAAAACAAUAACAACAACAAUAACGGCAGGCAGGGGAAUGGUAAUGGUCACGUCGUCGGGGGCAGGAACGGUAAUGGAAGUCCCAGACACGUCAGUUAUGCCGGCGGGAGUCCCAGACAUGUCAGCAACGUCAACGGCAGUCCCAGACAUGCCAUAUCCGCUAAUGGUAGUCCCAGACAUGUCAGUUAUGGCAAUGGUAGCCCAUGGCAGGUGAAUUGUGGCAGUGGCAGUCCCAGACACAACCAAUACGUUAACACCAGUCCAAGACACAGUCCAUACAACAAUGGCAGUCCAAGACACAGUCCAUACAACAAUGGCAGUCCAAGACAUAGCACAUAUGGUAAUGGUAGUCCCAGGCACAUGAGGAACGGCAAUGGUAGUCCUAGACACGUGAGAAAUGGUAAUGAUGGACAGGAUAGCCCGAGCCACAUGCCUCUCCCAGGCUACAACAACAACGGUAGCCCCAGACACAUGAACAGGAACGGCUAUGGCAACGGGAAUCCCGGUAGUCCUCGCCACAACGUAGUGCAAGAUGGUAAUGGCAACGGGAGCCCCAAACACCAUCACCUGAGUAGCAACAACAACAUCGGUAGUCCCCGACAUGUGUUGAGGAACAGCUGUAAUGGUAGUCCCCGUCACAGCCUCGGGUCGCAGGGGGUAAGUCCUAGGUUCAUACAACGAGUGUACAGCUUCGACUAUGGUCACGGCAGCCCCAGACACACAAGGAGUGAGGACGACUCUUCACAUCUCUCUCAUCAUAAUUAUAAUCAACAACAGCGUGUCCAGAGUCAAGAACUACAGCACCAGCAGCGUGUCCUGAGUCAAGAACUACAGCAGCACCACCAACAGCGUGUCCAGAGUCAAGAACUACAGCAGCAGCAGCACCACCAACAGCGUGUCCAGAGUCAGGAACUACAGCAACAGCACCACCAGCAGCGUGUCCAGAGUCAAGAACUACAGCAGCAGCACCACCAACAGCGUGCCCAGAGUCAGGAACUACAGCAACAGCGUGUCCAAAGUCAAGAACUACAGCAGCAGCGUGUCCAGAGUCGAGAACUACAGCAGCAGCACCACCAGCAGCGUGUCCAGAGUCAAGAAUUACAGCACCACCAUCACCACCAACAGCGUCUCCAUAAUCAAGAAUUACAGCAGCAACAGCGUCUCCUUAAUCAAGAAUUACAGCAACAGCAGCAGCAAAGUGCGGAGUUAGAGAGAGCCGCCAGAACUCCCAGUAAAAUCCCUGUCCAUGUUCAGGAGAGAAAUCGAGAGAGGACAAAUUCCUUGGACCGAAUCACAGGGCAGAGGAGCGCCAGUCCCAGGAGAGGACAGUGGAGGAGGAGCCGAGGACACGUCACCUCGACGCCAGUCCGUAAGAACUCUGAACCGGAUGUUAAGACAUCGGACUUUAAGUCUGUGGUGAAGGAAUACUCCCAACUGAGCCCAAAGAGAGUCAACCUGAGGAACAAGAACCAGACCUUCAAGUAUGGGUUGUGUAGGAUCGAGGUCAAAGACAAGCCAGUCAAUAAUUGGCAGCCGUGGAAGCGACUGGGAGAAAACGGCAAAUGUCACUCAAUGGAAAACGAAAAAUGGAACACCACAGAGCAAGGGAAGCUGAACAUUCACUCUACAAAAUGGAACAGACGGAAUAAGAACUGGUCAACGGACCAAGAGUCUUGGAGCAGCGACAAGAGCUCCUGGAACAUCGACUGUGACAAAAGUGAGGAGGAGAAUGACCAGGUGUUCCUCAGCGACGACUCCAGUGACGUCAACAAGUGCGACAGGAAACCCACCCGUUACGUCAGACGGGAAUCCUGGCCAGGGAUGAAUGCCAACCACAUAGCCCCUCCUGAAGAAGGGGAUCGAGGUACGAGUCCACAGAACAAGGAUCGCGGAAGCAGUCCCCGGAAAAACUCCUAUGAAUCCCUCUCCAAGAACAGCAGUCGUGAAAGUAUUGCCGAUAUUAGGAAUCGCGGCGCCAGCCCGGGAAACGGAAUUCGCGAGCUAUGUUCUAGGAAUGGGAAUCGUUCAUCAAGCCCUAGAAAUCGCGCACUUAGCCCUAGACACCUAAUAAGUAGUCCUAGAAAAGGCUCGGUGGGGACCAGCUCCUCCUCGCUCAGUGACAUCGUGAGAAAGGUGGAGAUGGACACAGAGACUGACUGGGACUCGGGCGUGGACUCAGUCACUUCCAAGAUGGUGCUUAUUAGAUGUAAGGAUGCUAACUACCUGACCCGGAUCUACCUCGAUAAAGAAGGUAAGGUUAUGUCUAUACAUAUUAUGUCUUGUGCGUAG